ACCGCUGCGAAGCCAGUUUGACGUCGUAUAUCGGGCAAAACGCGUAGUUCGAAUUGGUCUAACGUUCCCAAACCGCAAACUGACUUCACCACUGUGAACUGGAGGGGAGAUUGAUCAGGACCAAAACAAGCCUCCGCAUAUGUAACUCGUGUUUGAAGUAUUUUGCCCAUGGCUGAAAAAGAGGAGACUAUGGACGUCUCAGAAAUCCGUGACAGUGCGCCAUCAGCGAAGAAGAAUGGACGAACCUCGUUGCUGGACAGCGGGGAGGACUUUGAGGUUUUAGAUGAAGAAGACAUUAACGAUGACCCCCCUCCUCUUGAAGAUGCCGGUGGAGGGAAGGGGAAGAGCACAGAUGAGUCUGACAAGAGAAAGGCAGACACAGAUCCAGACCAAGCUGAUGAAUGGCUGGAUGUCUUAGGCAAUGACCAGCUAAAGAAAAAAGUCCUGGAGGCAGGGCAAGGGCGAGACAGCCGGCCACAGAAAGGACAGAAUGUCAAGAUUCAUCUGAAGACCUUCCUGAAGGAUGGGACACUGGUAGAGGAGCAGUCUGACCUUGCUUUCACUCUGGGAGAUGGUGAUGUUAUCCAGGCUCUGGAUCUCACAGUGCAGCUCAUGGAAAUGGGAGAGAAGGCUCUUGUUCAGACUGAUGCAAAAUAUGCAUAUGGUACCUGCGGGAGUCUUGAACCUGAGGUCCCCCCCAGUGCUGAGCUGUCCCUAGAAGUGGAACUGCUGGAAGCCACUGAUGCUCCAGACCUGGAGCUGCUGCCCCCUGCAGAAAAGAUUGCCCUUGCCAGCCAUAAGCGAGAGAGGGGCAACGUUCACUAUCAGCGUGGGGACUACGCUUUUGCUGUCAACUCAUAUAGCAUUGCCCUGCAGAUAACAGAGUCUAGUUCCAAAGUUGACAUUAAUCCAGAGGAGGAGAAUGAGCUGAUGGAUGUGAAAGUGAAGUGUUUAAACAACAUGGCUGCUUCUCAGCUGAAACUGGACCACUAUGAUGCAGCACUUAAAUCUUGUGUCUCAGCUCUGGCGCACCAGCCAGAAAACAUAAAAGCACUUUUCCGUAUGGGCAAGGUAUUGGCCUUGCAAGGUGAAUACACAGAAGCUAUUCAAACUUUGAGGAAGGCACUGAAGCUGGAACCAAGCAACAAGGUUUGCCCUGCAACCCAGCCAUAUCUAAUGCCAAGCCACUGUUCCUGUUCUCCUCCUUAUAUAGGCGAGUAUAUGUUAUUCUUUGGCUACACAAGGCUAUUUGACAGAACUCAGCUCAGUGCGUGGGCUUCUUGGAUUAGCUGUAAGCUACAGCAGCAUGGUACUCAUGCCCAGAAUCCCCCACUUCAGUCCUACACCAAUCUGUCAAACAGCACAUGGCCUGGCCACCACUUCUCAUGCAACACAUGCAGUAUAAAUAUAUAAUGGUCUUUUAGAUUUAGUAAUAGUACAUCUUAGGUGGAUUGCUGAAUUAAUUGUCUUGAGUGUAGCUGGGAAUCUUUUGCAUAUCUGAAGAACAAGGAUGCAUGUCGUAGAUGGUAUGCACUAGCAAGCCCUUUUGACUGACAGAAAUUUGACAUUUCAUAACUCUCACCCUUGUAUAUGUUUGCAAUUGUGUAUAUUUGUCAACACAUUUCUAAAUUGGUACUAGAUUUGUUGUUUUAAUGUUAAAAUGGACUUGCUUCUUGGUGCUAUAAUGAUGAAGAGACUCCCCAAAUAACUCCAUGUUCUAACGGCGUGUACAGUGGGUGUACUUCAGUGACAAUACAAGAACGCUCCCAUUAUAAUCAAUGAGGCGGUCUGAAACAGGCGCGGGCGUCAUGAAGUGACAAGAUGACGCUCUCCCUCUCUCUUCCCUAAGCAUUGACAGACAUGGGGUCUGCAUUUUUUUUUUACACUGUUGUCAGCUGCUCACAUCCUCUAUCUGCAACUCAGAUGGAUGAGAGGAGAUUUAUUGUGUCUGUGGUUUGUUUACUUUUUGACAUGGUGUGCAGACUUGACAGCUCCGGUACAGACAGCCUCAGACCGCCUCAGCACAGUAUUUGGACACACAGAUGUUGUUCAGAUGGGUUGUUAAAUGUUUGUUUAGCCUACUUUAUCCUUGCCCUGUGGACAAGUCAGCGCCGUGUCUUUUUUUUUUUUUUUUUUUUUUUUUUUUUUGCCAUGUUGGUGGGUAGCCGAUUGCACAAUAUUGGUGCUAACUUGCCAGUGGUGCCCUGCUCAAUCACUGUGCUGUAACACUCAAAUAUAAAAUGACUUUUGAGUUGUAACAUUGUUAUAAACUCUAUGUAAUGGUGCUCUGUCUUUUCGAGGCACGUUUUCAAAGCAUAAAUAUUUUUUGUUGUCCCUGAAAGCAGUGGUUUGCUUAGUCACUCACCAGCUUCAAGAGCAGUGAAAUGACUCAGAUUGCUGGAACAAUAACUGAACCCAUAUCCUGGAAUAAUUGUGUAGACAUAUGGGGUAAAUGGCAGGCUACUUUUGAGAUGCAACCCUGGGUUUUCUGGUAAGACAAUGAAGAAUAGUAUAAGCAGUUUUUCCUAGUAUUUAAUCAAUGCUUCAUCCAUCUAUCGUCAUUGUAGGAAAUUAAUUGUUCGUAGAUCUUCUAAAAAGCUUUGUGAUGUCAUUUUUUCAUGCUUUUAGACCAGUAGGUGGCCCCUUGUGUGUAACGAUGUAAGGGUAUUAUUAUUCUGACACAUUCCAAUUAAGAAGGAAAUCAGUCUUGGGUUGUUAUGUCCUACAUAUUUGGUUAGUUGGGUUGUUAGAUUACAGUGGGGUAUGUAUAUUGGACUGGAGCCUGCAACACCUUUUUGUCUUGUCACU